UUCUGUCCUGCCAGAUCAGAAACGAAGCUCCGUACUUUGCUCUUUUAAUAUUUUUUUUUGCGUCGAUUUCAAAGGAAAUGCUGGAAAAAAGUUUUUCUUCAUUUUUCACAGUGAAGAGAUUGAAGGGUUGAUUUAUUUUUGAGUGUAUGUGCUUCUAAAGUGGUGAAAAAGUAUUUUUAAUGCUUCGGAGGGAGAAAAAUUAGAAAGUGGAGGAGGACGCCAAGCGUCGGAUUUUCUUGAGGAGCAACAGCACCUAAGAGUGAAUGAUGAUUCCUCGGAAAAAGCUGCAGGUACUGUUGUACGUGCUACGGAUUUAUUUCGUUUUCGGGGAUGGAGAUCCUGGUAGCGAAGAUUUGCAAUUUCUCGAUUCUGAGAAUGGAAGUGGACUAGGAAUCAAUUCAGAAUCAGAUAAUUUUAAUUCCACCGAAUGGACGAAAAUUCCCCUUCAGACCGAUGAAACUACAGAAUUUAGUUCGAACGAAAAUACAUUCGAAAAAAAGAAAGAUGAAAUUAAAAAGAAGAAAAUUUACGAUUUGGAAAGAAUUGAUGACUUUGGAUCCACAGCUUCUGACAAUGAAAUUCAUAUCAGUGAAGAUGCGGAAAACCAAAAUGGUUUAGAACGAUUUAAAAAUAGAUCCGCAAGUGUCAGAGUAAUUAAUAAAAAUAUAGAUUCAAUCACAGUUUCUUGGACAGUAAAAAGCUUUUUUGUAUCUCCGUAUCGAAUUGAAUGGUUCACUAAAGGAUUUUCAGAUUAUGGUUCUUAUUUAACCAAUCUUACGACCUUUACUAUCAAUAAUUUAAAACCGUGCUCGAAUUACACAAUAAUGAUUACUGAGGAUGAUGAGGAAGAUUCAAAUAAUGGAAAUAAGCAGACAUAUCUAAAUAGUUCAACGACAUCUUCUGUUCCUGGAGAGAUUAAAAAUUUAACUGUAGUCGCAACCACAGAUUCAGUCAACAUUUCCUGGAGCCCCCCUAUAGAAAAUUCCGAAUGUGUAACAAAAUAUUUGAUUGAGGUCUUCAACCAAAAUCAUAGCAUUAGUACAAUAAACACGAUUAACACUUUUCGUGUUGUAAAAGAACUCGAGCCUUGCACGGAAUAUAAAUUUAUAGUAAAAGCCGUUGGAGAAGCCGAAGAAAUUUCCAAAGGAGAAAAUAAAACAAUAACUACAGAAUUCGAAAAACCUGAUAAGCCGCAGAAUUUAAAGGCCGCAGCCGAAGAAGAAAAAUCGCUGAGAAUUUUUUGGGAUCCUCCAGAAAAGGGAGCCACUUGCGUAAAAAAAUAUCGAGUUACUUUGAGCACUGAAAUUCCUAUCGGAAAUCCUGCAAAACCGAUAACAAAAUAUACAGAAUCGAAUGAAACGGAAAUAAUUGUUGAUAAAUUAUUUCCAUGUACUUCGUAUACUUUACAAAUUAUCUCCGUUGGUUUGGAUAACGGAGACAGUGAUUUCAUAGAAAUCAGAAGUUCUUUUACAAAAGAAAGCGUGGCGGAGGCCCCCAGAAGAGCGAAAAGACCGGAAGUGACGAAAAAUUCCGUAAAACUUUUCUGGAAUAUUGGAAAUGAAAAUAAUUGCACUCUAGAAUCAGUUAUUGUCGCCUGCAAUUAUACAGGGACUGAUGGUGUAGGCAUAGAUUUAUUUAAUAGUACAGGAAAUUCAUCUGAGGUCACGAUCGAUAAAUUUUUUAUUAAAAAUGUAAAUAUGACUGUUUUAAAUUUGAGUGCUUACACAAAUUAUAAUUGCAUUGCCAAAACCAUCAACAGCGCUGGAGAAAGUCCAGAAAGUAAAAUUGUCAACGUGACGACUUUGGAAGAUGUGCCAUCUGCUCCUGAAUUGAACGUAACAAACGUCACGGAUUCGAAAUACACUUUUGAUUGGAUCACGCCAGAAAUAAUACCUGGAAAAAUAAAAUCUUACGAAAUUGCUCUUACCUGGGAGCCACUUUUUCCAAUUCCUGAUUAUUGCAGUGUCACAAAAAAUAAUGCAACUCUAAUUGACGCUUCUUUGUCGAAUUACACUUACGAAAAAGGAUCUCCGUUUUCAAACUACACUGCACAAAUCAGAGCAGAAACUGGAGCAGGUUGGGGAAAUUUUAGCGAGCCUAUUUAUUUCGUCAGUGAAAUUGGAUUGCCUUCUGCGGUGACGAAUUUCACCUACAAAACGGAAAGAAAUCAAAACGACCCGAACGUUUUAAACACAAUUUUACAAUGGGGUUUGCCUUGUUCUUCGAAUGGACAGGUCGAGUUAUUCAACAUUUCCUAUUAUGGGAAGAGGCUCAAUUUUGAGGACCACAAUUACGUAAAAAUAAUGACAAUAACGAACGAGGUGAAUAAAAAUGAUAUUUACAUCCUCAACGACUUGGGAGAACUUAGGCCUUCUUACAGUUACACUUUCAUAGUGACUGCAAAAAUAAAAAACGCCACCGAAUUGGGAUCUGCUAUUCAGUUUGAAGUGGAAUAUCCUGCAGGAAUUCCAGUACAGCCAGAUCAGGAAUAUGUAAAAAUGAUAACAAUAGAUCCUCAAAAGGCGAUAAGAACGACAACUUCUGCUGCUAUUUUGUUGCCAAUUUUUCCAGUGACUAAUGGAAACAUUCAAUAUUAUGCGAUAAUGGUAUCGCAAAUGGGUUAUAAUAAAGGAACAAGUACUAGGCAUGAUUUAAAAAGUGAAUCAUGGCCAAAUGCCUCUUGUUGGCAAGAAUCAAAAUUAAAGGAUUUUUCGAUUCCUUAUCAAGCUACGAAACCAGAAUGGGAUCCUUAUCCGACUCACGUUGUUGAUUACGGUCAUAUAAAAGCAGUGAAAUAUAUUUUGGGAGCAGAUAUUGAUUGCAAAGAAUUAUCUGAAAAUACAGACUCGAAGCUUUAUUGCAAUGGUCCUUUAAAACCAGGAACUUGGUACCAUGUCAGAAUGAGGGCUUUCACUAAUGGUGGUUAUGCUGAUUCGUCUACAUUUCUUGUCAAAACGAAUGCAGAGAUGAACGUCCCAUUCAUAAUAGGCAUUGUCUUCGGAAUUAUGAUACUGGGGAUUAUAACAACUCUCUUGCUGCUUGUCAGAAGAUGUUCCCUUCAAGCAGUUCUGAGGAGGUUUUUGCAUUCUGAUAUGCCUGGCUCUCCAGUUCCGUCGCCUUUCACGCGGAGAAAAUUUAUCAGUCAUUGUCAACAAUUGGCUGAUAAUCCUGGAAAACUCAGCAAUGAAUUUCAGUUGUUACAAACUCUAAGUUUGGAUCUUCAAAUGCCGACAAAUGCUGCCGGCCUCCAAGCCAACCGAAAGAAGAAUCGAUACUCGGAUAUUCUACCAUAUGAUUUUUCGAGAGUCAAAUUGGACGUGAUUGAUAACGAUCCAAACACGGAUUACAUAAACGCUUCUUUCAUUACUGGCUACACGGGCGAGGAUGAAUAUAUUGCUUGCCAGGGGCCAAAGGAAGAAACGACCUACGAUUUUUGGAGAAUGGUUGAUCAGUAUGACGUGAAAAUAAUUGUGAUGCUGACCCAACUUUUUGAAAAAGGAAAAGAAAAGUGUCACCAGUAUUUCCCAAUAAUACGGGAGACUUUUAAUUAUGAAAAAAUGUCCAUUCGCUGUACUAGUGAAUUGGAUUUUCGUACUUGUACCCAAAGAACUUUAGUUUUGCAAAAGGAUGAUAAAAAGAGGAGUAUAAUGCAUCUGCAUUUUAAAGACUGGCCAGAUCAUGAUGUACCUGAAGAUUUUGAUCCAAUGAUCAAUUUUUGUCAAAUAAUGCGUCGGCAAAUUACUGCCAAUAAGGGACUUGUUGUAAUUCACUGCAGCGCAGGAAUUGGCAGGACUGGAACUUUAAUAGCAAUCGAUAUGCUUUUGCAAAGUAUUAGAGAUAAUAGAAAAUUGGACGUCUUUGGAACAGUUUACAGACUUCGAAGACAUAGACUUAAUAUGGUUCAAAGAGAGAGCCAGUAUGCUUAUAUUUAUAACUGUAUAAGACAGGUUCUCAAGAAUCCCUACUUCCUCAAAAAUUGUAAACCACCACCAGUCGAUCCGAUUUACAAGAACAACAACAAAAAGAAAAAGGAUUCAGCAAAUUCCAAUCUGGACUUGGUCAACAGUUUAGAUAAUACUUGGAGAAAAGAGAGUCUUUCAGUAUCGGGCGAUUCGAUGGAGGCCAUGUACGAAACUUCGACAUCUUCAACUCUCGAAAAUCCAAAAAUCAAUGGUAUGAGAUACAGCAAAUCAACAGGCGCCCUCGAUUCUAAAUCGGUGGAUACCUGCGUCGUGAAAUCGAACAGUCAAGGUUACGUGACCUACGAAUCUGUGAAAGACUCGUCCUUUGGAUCAAGCAAUAUGAGCCUAAAUGUUAGUGAUCUUCAAGGAUCGGGAAGAUCGCUUUACGAAAAUGUCAGUCCUUUAUUUCGAUCGAGAUCCGAUCAAUUAAUAGAGGGAAUUGACACCUACAUGAGACAAAGAAGUGACUAUGAAUCCAAAAACGAACCUUUGGAGAAAGACACGUCUCUUUGAUGAGUGACGAGCUUGAACAAAAAAAAUUUGUGAUAAGGUCUCGAGCUGAACUUGUUAUCAGCAAUAAAUGUGAUUCGACAAUCAUCGUCUGACUCAACAAUUCUAGCGUCGAUCGCUCAAGACAGUAUUUUUUUUUUUUAAAUUCUUGUAAUUCCGAAUUCGGAAAGAUAUUUUUGGCAAUAAUCAACUGAUUAUGCUAUCAGUGAUUGGCUGAUUGUAAACCAAAAAUGAAUCAAACAAGGCUGUUAAUAUAAAUUAUAAAUAUAAACCUGUAAAUAGUAAUCUCUUAGAUUAACUCUCAUAAAUUAACACUAUUCAUAUUUUUUAAAGUAUUCGCAAAAAGUCUAUUCUCAGAGUGAAACGAGAACCAAAUAAUGCAUUUGUAUAUAAAGUUAC